AUGGGGAAGGCAAGCAGAUGGAUCAGAAACUUUCUGAUGGGAAAGAAGGAGAAGGAUAACAAGGACGAGGGCUCGGUUUCUGCAGCGAGUUUAGGAGCCUCGCCUGCGAUUGUGCCAUCGUCUUCAAAGGUGAAAAGGAGAUGGAGCUUCAAGAGAUCUUCAAGCUCAGACAGCAUGACUCAUAACAGCAUUAGAUCCUUCGACUCGGCCCUCACUGCUCAGCUCAAAGCUCAGGCCUCAUUGUUGGAGUUUGAGAUUCUGCAAAACCAUGCCAAAGCCUUUCUGGCAGCAAGAAAUGAGGCUGCUAAAACAGCUGCUGUUGAAGUGGAAGCUGCCAUUAGGAUUCAAGCUGCUUUUCGAUCUUAUCUGGCAAGGAAGGCGUUACGAGCUCUAAGGAGCUUGGUGAAGCUACAAGCACUGGUGAGAGGUCAUCUGGUGCGAAAACAGACAGCUGAUAUGAUCAGGUGCUUGCACUCUUUGAUGGCGAUUCAGUUAAGAGCUCGAGUUCAACGGGCCCAUAUAGCUGAUGAAACAGAAUUCCCCUUCAAAAAAAGGACAAUUCACAAAGAUUCAGCUCCAAGAAGCCAGCUAAUCAAUAGAACCUCUAAUACUGAAUAUAUGAGUAGCCAUGAAAAGGAGAGUAUAUCCAGGAGAAGAAGCCUGCACAAAAACCGUGGACAUGGAACGAAUGGAAAUGGAUUGACAAGCUCUCAAACUGGGAGGCAUUCUAUCUCGGAGAGAGAGCAUCAAAGGCUUCAAAGCAUAUGUCCAAGUCCCUCUACAUUUAGUGAAAUCAGUACAAUAACAUUUGACAGGCCGUUGGAGGAGUUAUCCGACAGAUUGUCACAGAGAGGUCUCUUGCAAAGUCCCAAGCCUGGAAGGACCAAACAACCCAUUCCACGAUCAGAAAGUAUGAAUUAUAUGUUUCCUGAUUCCCGAAAUGCAAGUUACAUGUCCAAUACCGAAUCCUCAAGAGCAAAGGCUAGAUCACAGAGUGAGCCAAGGCAAAGACCCAAGUGGGGCAUUAAGAAAAAGCAUAUCAGAACACCAUCGGUUGAAGGCUUACAACACGACUCUGAGAUAGAAGGUACACCUUCCAAUAUGCAGGGAUGUAACGAUGAUUUUAUCAUAUAAUCAGUGAUAGU